CUCACUUUUAAUUGUCCUCUCGAUGUGAUCUCACAGCCGUUAGUUAAGCUGUGGAAUAAUCCCCAGUUAGGUUUCGUCACAGGUGUAUAUGUUUUCCGAUGACUGUCGCCGGCGGCGGAAAUUUCAAGCGCCAAAAAACUCCCUACCGGCCGUCCCCCGCCCCGAGCAGCGUCGGCAGCUACUACAGCUCCGGCGACGACGCCGAGGCUCAGAGGAGGAAGUGCCGGCCGCGCUGCACCAAAUGCUGCGCGUGGACUUCACUCGCGAUCGGCGCCGCCGCCCUCUUCGCCCUCGCCUGCUCCCUCGUCUUCUACUCCUUCCUCGUGGCCAACGUGCCACGCGUCUUCGUAAAAAACCUCGAGGUCCACAGCGUGACCGUCGGGAAGGACGCGAAGGGCGACGCCACGCUGGCGGCCGACGUCACCGUCGUUCUCAACGUGACGAACGCAAACGGCAAGAUCUGGUUCGUGUACGGGCCGCUGACGGCGGACGUGGCGCUGGACGGCGUGAAUCUAGCGCGAUCGGAGGUGGCCGCGUUCCGCCAGGAGGCGCGGAACACGACGGGGGUGGCGGUGCGGUCCCGCGUGGAGGCGCUGGAAAUCGAGGAAGCGGACGGCGACGAUCUGGUGUCGAAUUCGGCGCGGCGCGUGCUGACGCUGGAUGUGUGGCUUUCAGGGUUGGUGGAGUACCACGUGCGGGAGAGAGUGGUGAGCGGGUGCCCUUUUAAAGUGAUGUGCCAACACGCGCCUCAAUCUGUGCUGGAUAGUGGCCUUGGUUUUGAAUGUAAUGUUAGGAUGAGUCCUCUAUAAGGUAAUCACAGCUCCUCUAGAAGUUCUACACUUAGACACUAAAAAAAAAUGGAGAGAUAAAACUAAUCACUCAUAGUUUCAUCAAAGAUAAUAUAUGCUCCACUGUUUCUCACCAAACGAUUAAAGUUUAAUUUACUUUCUCUCAUUGACCGUUUGGCCGGGUCUGAAGAGGUCCUCGGAAAUGGAGCUCAUCCUUUAUCAAAGAUAAUAGACGAUUCUAUACCCU